UAAAUUAAUUUAAUACUGAUAGAGGCAUAUAUAUUUUAUUCUCACAUGGUAAGAUUAGUUGAAAUUUGUCGACAACAAAAACCCCCAAAUUACACAACCCCUUGUGUCCACACCGCUCUCACUCCAGCACAACACUUACCCCUAUCCUCUGCUUGAAGCUCAUCAUCAAUGGCGGAUCUGGGAAGCAACCCUGGCCAAAUGUCGAAAGAAACAGCCCUCCAAGCGCUAAACACCAUAAUCCAGCUCCAUUUCGAGAAGACCCUGGAGAAGAAACGGGCCAUAGAUCUCCAAAAGAAACAGCUCUUCCACCUCUUCCACCUCUUCUUCAUCUUCCUGGGCCUCAUCUUCCUCGCCCAAUCCCUUUCCCAUCGCCUCCACUGCCGCCAUUCCUGGAUCCCCAUUGCUCUUCUCUCCGUUUCUCAUCUCUCUUUCUACGUCUCUGUCGCUCAGACCCUCCGCUGCAUCAAUGGCUUCAAGUACCAGCGCCGCUGCCAUAAGCUCACUCUGGCUUUGGCCACUCAGAAGCUCAGAGACAUCAAGAUGAGGCUUGCCGGAGGGUUCGAUGGCAGCCUGGCGGAGGACGACUUUGAGAUUCAUUACCAGGAGCCGCCGGAAAGCUAUUUGGGUAAGUUCAAGAGAAAUUGGGCUCUGCAUUUUGGGUUCUUGAUCAUCAUCUAUGCCCUUAUGAUUUCUUCCUCUGUUGUUCUUCUCUGUUCUUGAUUUUUCGAUUCCGAUUAAAUUGGAAAUUCAAAAUUCAAAAUUCGGAUUA